AUGGGAAGUGGAGCAUUCAGCUGCUGUGACGCAAUUGCAGCUUCCAAAGUUAGCGAAUUUUCAUUAGCAUCCCCAAAAAAUAAGACACUAAGAGAGCCUUCCGAAUUAAGAUCAAGCUUUAUUCCAUCAUCAAUCCAAAGUCAAGCAGAGUUCAGGAUACCUAAUAUAGAUCAGCACAUAAUGCUACUGCAGUCGUUAUCAAGCUCAAAAUCGCUUCGCUUAAAAGUAAUAAAUUCUGGAAACAUUGAAAAAGGAACACUGUUAAACAUUAGAGCGACUGGCUUGAUAGGAUCAAAAAGAAACUCAAAUGACGGAUACACAUAUUUUGGCUCAAAAAGAAAGCUGAAUGGAGCAAUUGUGAAUGAUUUUGUGAUACCUUUAAAAGACCAAGAAACAAAAGAAAACCAUCGAGGAAGGCAUUUUGUGAUUUAUUAUAUUCUUUGCUAUAAUGAAUUUAUUAUAAAAAUGCCUUAUUUUUUUUGCUAAAAUAUUAAUAAUCAUUUAAAGUAUAGAAUAGACAAAGAUUCCUAUUGAAUUCGAGACUUAUCCAAAGGCUUCGGAGCCUUUGUAAGGCUAGACUACGCUUUGGUAUUUUUUAUAUAGAUUUUAAAAGACAACAUGCUGAUUAACUUAGGCGAAAGCUUCUUAGUCGUCAAUUUAGUCUCCACCCCUGAAUGCAGUCCGCCUAAGCUGAGUUUAAAAAUGUACACAGGAUCUGCUGGAGGAGAAGUAUGAUCUUUCCACGCAGCCCAGCAUGUGAAUUCACAUAUUUUGGUAGGAAGAAGCUUAAAUUGUAACAUAAAAAUCGAAGACCCUUUGCUUUCAAAAAUCCAGUGCUCAGUUUUUUAUAAUCCUGUGUCAGGGUGGACUUUAAUGGAUGGAGACGUAGGAAGCCAAAAAUCUAGCACCAAUGGGACUUGAUUGUAUUUAAAUGAAGACUUUGAAAUCUAUAAUGGCAUGAUUUUUAAGUCAAACCAAACGCUUUUCCAAGUAAAUGCUACAUAGGCUAUGCUUAUUUGGGGAUCAUAA